UCCUACCACUUUAGGGAGGGAGGAUACGUCAAGAGCAAUAUAGGAGUAUUGCAUAUACGAUCUAAUGUAAAAUGCAGGAAUAUUACAUCCUGUGUGUUGAGUAGGUGCUUGGUCGAGUUUUCUGAGCGCAUUUUACGUGAUUAUGUAAAUCCAUUUGGACAAGUCUUAAAUCGGGAGACGAUUACGUGAGUUUGUUUGCAAUUUCCUGGCUGUCAAGUUUGCCAUGACAGAAGAAACGUCAAGCUCACAAUUCGGAUUGUAAACAGACGGGCUGGCGCGCCCCGAAUCGUUACCGCACAUUUGAUCUUACGCAAAUUUUGUCACUUUUGUUCAUCGUUUAUGUACACACAGAUUAUCAAAAUGCCCGUUCAAAAGGAUUCUAACAUCGUGAAGAUCGCUGUUCAGAUGACCGAUCAAGUGCCGCAGCUCAUCGAAUUCAAUCAGAAGCAGCCCCUGGCUGGAAUCAUACAAGAAUUGUGCAACGGAUGGGGUUUAUCUGAUGCGGAGUCGUAUUCUUUACAAUUUUCGGAAAGCAACAAUCAGAAUUAUAUCACAGAGAAGAAUAGGAACGAGGUGAAAAAUGGCAGUAUUCUCAGAUUAGAAUUUUCACCAUCGAAAACAGCGAGUGACAUUCUGGCUAAGCUCAAUAAUGGAUCGAUGGAGAAGAAAGUAGCAGCAUUGCAGAAACUGAUAACGCUUAGCGCUGACAUGACUUUUGCAUUAGAAUUUAUAAACAAGAAAGGAUUAGCAUUAAUCAUCUCGCAGGUUGAAGAUGGAAAGUACAAGGGAAAUGCACUAGCUUAUUCCCUCCAGUCAUUUGUUGAGUUGAUGGAUCAUGGAAUCGUAUCGUGGGACAUACUGGAAUCGCCUUUCAUCAAUAAAGUAGCUAGCUAUGUAAAUAAUCAGUCGGUAACUCAGGAUACCAGUAUAGUGGAAGCGUCCUUGAGCAUCUUGGAGAACAUAGUCUUGAAUUCGACGGGCAAAUAUGGUCAAGUGGAGAAGGAAGUCACUUUUCCUAAUCUCGUGAUGCAUCUGCAAUGUAUGAAUCCACAGAUUCAACAGAACGCGAUAGCCUUAAUAAACGCGUUGUUUCUGAAGGCCGAUUUACAUAAGAGACGUGCAGUUUCUGCCACGCUACAAUCCAAGCAAGUCAGAAAUGUAUUUUUGACAAACAUCAUACAGUCUACUGGACAGGUCGGAGCAGAGAUGGCGCAUCAACUCUAUGUAUUACAAACGCUAGCACUGAGUCUGUUGGAGCAACGAAUGAUGACGAAAAUGGAUCCGCAGGAUCAAGAUGCGCACGACAAGAUCAAGGAGCUUCGAAAAAUCGCCUUCGACACGGAGGGCACGGCUGGCGGUGACAUAACUGCGCGCAAGCAAGGACUCUUCGCUAAAGAUUAUAAAAAAUUGGGCUUCAAGUACGAUAUCAAUCCUGCCCUCGAUUUUACCGAAACUCCGCCGGGUAUGCUUGCGUUGGACUGUAUGGUAUAUUUUGCGCGCAAUCAUACAGAAGCCUAUACGAAAGUCGUUCUCGAAAAUUCGUGCAGAGCAGACGAGCACGAAUGCCCUUUUGGUAGAACGAGUGUAGAACUUGUUAAACUACUUUGCGAGGUGUUACGUAUCGGUGAAACGCCUAGCGAGCAAGGUCAAUCUUAUCACCCAAUGUUCUUUACGCAUGAUCAUCCCUUUGAAGAAUUUUACUGCGUCUGCAUAGUGCUGCUGAAUAAGACGUGGAAGGAGAUGAGAGCGACUACGGAGGAUUUCGUUAAGGUCUUCUCGGUCGUGCGUGAGCAAAUCACCAGGGCUCUUCACUGCAAACCCACAGGAUUGGACAAGUUCAAAAACAAAUUGCAACAGUUGACUUAUUCAACGAUAACGAAUCUUUGGCAGCAGGAGAGAACCAGUAGAGAAGAAUGGGAAAGCCACGCGAGGCCAAUUGUCGAACUUCGAGAACAGAUCACUCCUGAGAUAAUAGAACUGAUCCAGCAACAGCGAUUGGGAUUUCUAGUUCAAGGCACCAGAUUCAUGAAAUACAGUGCCAGAGGACAAAGAAUCAAAGAUAAAUUUUGGUACGUCCGUUUGUCGCCAAAUCACAAAGUUUUCCAUUACGGGGACUGCGACGAAAAGUCAGUGCCAACGAUAGACGAACUUCCUACGAAGCUGGCGGUGGUCGAGAUUCGAGGCUUGUUAACUGGCAGAGACUGUCCGCAUAUGAAGGACUUGCAGAGACGGAAGACCACGCACCAGUUGGCGUUCUCUUUGGCUCUGGACUCGGUUGAAGUAUCUAGUCUUGAUUUUGUCGCUCCUGACGAACAAGUUUUUGAUUAUUGGACCGACGGCAUCAAUGCUUUACUUGGAAACAGAAUGACUAGUAAAGAGGCUGAAAACGAUUUGGAAACUUUAUUAUCCAUGGACAUUAAAUUAAGACUUCUCGAUGCCGAAGGAAUCGAUAUUCCGCAAGAUCCACCUACGAUUCCCGAACUACCGCCGAAUUACGACUUUUGCUAUGAAUUGAAGUAAAUAUUGUAAAUUUAUUGACCCUUAUAUAACAUACACUACGUUUCAGUACAUCUAUUUUGUAGGCAUGUUAGUUGAUAUUAGCAUUUCCGCUGUCUUUUUAAUAUUUUUUUUUUCGACCUAUAUAAUUACUAUAAAACCGGACCUCUGCUUGUAAUCCAUUUAUUUCACAUUUGUAAGAACGACAGUGAGUAUCUUACCAAAGAAAUAAUUUAGAACUUUUAUAUAUACGGAUUUUAUGCAGAUAUUUAAACAUAUUUCAUUUGUAUCCAUACAAAAAUCUGACGUAAUGUAAGCUUGACGAUCUUUUUACAAUAAUUUUAUUAGAUUUGGAGAGGUCUGACAACACAAUCAGUUUUGUUGACAUUAUUUAUACAAGAUUUUUAUCUAUUUAAUUGUCAAUAUUUUUAUUAAUGCACGUAAUUAAUACAGUAUGAUAUAAUUCAUAAAUUGUGAGACUCGAGUUUACAAUUUUAUAAAAACUUUAACUUAUAAAACUAUACACUUUUGCAAGCUCUUGUGCUCUAGCAGCAUAAUUUACACGUCAUAAACUAUUGUAUAAGAGAAUUUUUUGUAAGAGUGGUAACAGUAUAAUAUAUUGAAUAUGCAAAUAUACAUAUACAU